AUGGCUGACCCGGCCGCGGACGACAGCAAGUACCUCUUUCUGGAAAAUGACUUUCGCAACAGCGGGGUGGCACAGGCCGACUGGGCAGCCAAGAAGAUGGUGUGGGUGCCGUCAGAGAGGGAGGGCUUCGAGCCGGCCAGCAUCAAGGAGGAAAAGGGCGAUGAGGUGCUGGUGGAGCUCUCCAACGGUCAGAAAAUGAAGGUGAACAAAGAAGACAUCCAGAAGAUGAACCCGCCCAAGUUCAGCAAAGUGGAGGACAUGGCCGCCCUCACCUUCCUCAACGAGGCCUCCGUCCUCCACAACCUGCGAGAGAGAUACUUCUCCAGCCUGAUCUAUACGUACUCUGGUCUGUUCUGUGUGGUGGUGAAUCCCUACAAGAUGCUGCCGAUCUACUCUGAAAAGAUCAUCGAGAUGUACAAGGGCAAGAAACGUCACGAGGUGCCGCCACACAUCUACUCCAUCACAGACAACGCCUACAGGAACAUGAUGCAAGACCGUGAGGAUCAGUCUAUCCUCUGCACAGGCGAGUCUGGGGCAGGGAAGACAGAAAACACCAAGAAGGUGAUUCAGUACCUGGCUGUCAUCGCCUCCUCGCACAAGGGCAAAAAAGACGUCAACCCCGUGAGUAGAAACAUCCUCAGCUUUCAGGAACUUCACCCGGAUGCUUCAGAGAUGUUUGCAGAUGGCUCCAGGAGACUGGGUCCUCAGAGUGUUUUGAUAUGUUCUAUGCUUUACGGGGAGCUUGAGAAGCAGCUGUUGCAGGCCAAUCCCAUCCUGGAGGCAUUUGGAAACGCCAAAACCAUCAAGAACGACAACUCCUCACGAUUUGGGAAGUUCAUCAAGCUCAACUUUGAUGUGACUGGCUAUAUUGUCGGAGCGAAUAUUGACACCUACCUCCUGGAGAAGUCUCGCUGUAUUCGUCAGGGCAACACUGAGAGGGCAUUUCACAUCUUCUACUACAUGGUGGCAGGAGCCAAGGACAAGACGAGGGAGGAGCUGCUGCUGGAGGACUUCAGCAGCUAUCGCUUCCUGGUGGCGGGUCACGUGGAGAUCCCUGGCCAGCAGGACGACGAGAUGUUUGAUGAGACCCUGGAGGCCAUGGAGAUCAUGGGCUUCACUGACGAGGAGAGACUGGGGAUGUUGAAGGUGGUGUCCACCGUGCUCCAGCUGGGAAACAUCAAGUUUGAGAAGGAGAGGAACAGCGAGCAGGCGACCAUGCCUGACAACACCGCUGCCCAGAAGGUGUGUCACCUGCAGGGCAUCAAUGUGACCGACUUCACCCGCGCCAUCCUCACCCCCCGAAUCAAAGUGGGCAGGGAGGUGGUGCAGAAGGCUCAGACCAAGCAGCAGGCUGAUUUUGCAGUGGAGGCUCUGGCUAAAGCCAUGUAUGAGCGUCUGUUUCGAUGGAUCCUGGCGAGGGUCAACAAGACGCUGGACAAGAGUAAGAGACAGUCGUCCUCCUUCCUGGGCAUCCUGGACAUCGCUGGCUUUGAGAUUUUUGAGGACAACUCCUUCGAGCAGCUCUGCAUCAACUACACCAACGAGCGUCUGCAGCAGCUCUUCAACCACACCAUGUUCAUCCUGGAGCAGGAGGAGUACAAGAGGGAGGGCAUCCAGUGGAACUUCAUCGACUUCGGCCUGGACCUGCAGCCCUGCAUCGAGCUCAUCGAGAGGCCGAACAACCCUCCGGGCAUCCUGGCCCUGCUGGACGAGGAGUGCUGGUUCCCCAAAGCCACCGAUGUCUCCUUCGUGGACAAGCUGCUGAACACCCACACCGGUCACGUUAAAUUCUCCAAACCCAAGCAACACAAAGAUAAACUGAUGUUCACUGUUAUGCACUACGCUGGAAAGGUCGACUAUAACGCAGCCAACUGGUUGACGAAGAACAUGGAUCCUCUGAAUGACAAUGUGACGGCUCUGCUCAACAACUCCUCCAGCAACUUCAUCCAGGACCUGUGGAAAGACGCGGAUCGAGUGGUGGGUCUGCAGACCAUGACCAAGAUGUCAGAGAGUUCGGUGCCCACUAAGUCCAAGAAGGGCAUGUUCCGCACGGUGGGCCAGCUCUACAAAGAGUCACUGGGCAAACUGAUGACCACGCUGCACAACACCCAGCCCAACUUUGUGCGCUGCAUCAUCCCCAACCACGAGAAGAGGGCCGGGAAGAUGGACUCCCACCUGGUGCUGGAGCAGCUGAGGUGUAACGGGGUGCUGGAGGGCAUUCGGAUCUGCAGACAGGGAUUCCCCAACCGCAUCGUGUUCCAGGAGUUCAGGCAGAGAUAUGAGAUUCUGGCUGCCAAUGCCAUCCCUAAAGGCUUCAUGGACGGGAAACAGGCGUGUUGUCUGAUGGUAAAGCACCUGGAUCUGGAUCCUAACCUGUAUCGCAUUGGUCAGAGUAAGAUGUUCUUCAGGACGGGAGUUUUGGCCCAGCUGGAGGAGGAGAGAGACCUCAAACUCACCGUCGUCAUCAUCGCCUUCCAGGCACAAGCAAGAGGCUUCCUGGCCCGCAAGGCUUUCAGUAAACGUCAGCAGCAGCUGAGCGCCAUGAAGGUCAUCCAGAGAAACUGCGCCUGUUACCUCAAACUGAAGAACUGGCAGUGGUGGAGGCUUUUUACUAAGGUGAAGCCCCUGCUGCAGGUAACCAGACAAGAAGAGGAAAUGGGUCAGAAGGAGGAGGAACUGAAGGCGGCGAGAGAAGUGGCAGUAAAGACGGAGGCCGAACUGAAGGACAUCACCCAGAAACACACCCAGCUGAUAGAGGAGCGAGCCCAGCUGGAGUCCAAGCUGCAGGCGGAGACGGAGCAGUUCGCUGAGGCCGAGGAGAUGAGGGUGAGACUGGAGGCCAAGAAGCAGGAGCUGGAGGAGGUGCUGCAUGAGAUGGAGGCCCGGCUGGAGGAGGAGGAGGAGCGCAGCAACUCCCUGCAGCAGGAGAAGAAGGACUUGGAACAGCAGCUACAGCUCAUGGAGGCCCACAUAGCGGAGGAAGAGGACGCUCGGCAGAGGCUGCAGCUGGAGAAAGUGGCUGUGGAGGGAAAAGUCAAAAAAAUGGAGGAGGACAUCCUGCUGAUGGAGGACCACAAUAACAAACUGCAGAAGGAGCGAAAGCUUCUGGAGGAGAGGAUGGCUGACAUGAACUCCAACCUGGCCGAGGAGGAGGAGAAGUCCAAGAACCUGACCAAACUCAAGAACAAACACGAGUCCAUGAUCUCUGAACUGGAGGUGCGUCUGAAGAAGGAGGAGAAGGGUCGUCAGGACACGGAGAAGGCCAAGAGGAAGGUGGAGGCGGAGCUGGCCGACCUCCAGGAGCAAUACGCUGACCUGCAGGCCCAACUAGCUGAGCUCCGAGCGCAGCUAGCCGCCAAGGAAGAGGAGCUCCAGGCCACACAGGCCCGCUUGGAGGAGGAGAGCAGCCGGCACGGGGCAGCGGUGAAGCGGAUUCGGGAGUUGGAGGCCCUGCUCUCAGAGCUGCAGGAGGACUUUGAGGCAGAGAGGGCGGCCAGGGGGAAGGCUGAGGCGGCGCGACGGGACCUCGGCGAGGAGCUGAAUGCUCUGCGCACUGAGCUGGAGGACAGCCUGGAUACCACCGCCGCCCAGCAGGAGCUACGGGCGAAGCGUGAGCAGGAGGUGGCCAUGUUGAAGAAAGCCAUGGAGGACGAGGGACGGAGCCACGAGGCUCAAAUCCAGGAUCUGAGACACAAACACGGUCAGGUUGUGGAGGAGCUCUCGGAGCAGCUGGAGCAGGCCAAGAGGGUGAGGGCUGGUCUGGAGAAAGCCAAGCAGGCUCUGGAGAAGGAGUCGGCAGAUCUGAGCGCUGACCUGCGAUCCCUCGCCAGCGGCAAACAGGACGUGGAGCACAAGAAGAAGAAGGUGGAGGGUCAGCUGAACGACCUGCACUCACGCUUCAACGAGAGCGAGCGGCAGAGGACCGAGCAGGGGGAGAGAGUCUCCAAGAUGACUCUGGAGCUGGACAGCGUGACGGGUCUGUUGAACGAGGCGGAGGGAAAGAACAUCAAGCUGAGUAAAGACGUCUCCAGUCUGUCCUCUCAGCUCCAGGACGCACAGGAGCUGCUGUCAGAGGAGACCCGUCAGAAGCUGAAUCUGUCGGGGCGUCUCCGUCAGAUGGAGGAGGACAGGAACAGCCUGAUGGAGCAGCUGGAGGAGGAGACUGAGGCCAAACGGGCCGUGGAGAGGCAGGCCUCCAGCCUCAACAUGCAGCUGUCCGACCACAAGAAGAAGCUGGACGAGAUGUCGGGGAUGGUGGAGCUGCUGGAGGAGGGGAAGAAGCGUCUGCAGCGCGAGCUGGAGGCGACCAACAGCGAGUACGAGGAGAGGGCCUCCGCCUACGACAAGCUGGAGAAGAGCCGGAGCCGGCUGCAGCAGGAGCUGGAGGACGUCCUCAUGGACCUGGACAGCCAGCGGCAGCUUGUCUCCAACCUGGAGAAGAAGCAGAGGAAGUUUGAUCAGAUGCUGGCAGAGGAGCGAACCGUGUCCUGUAAGUUUGCAGAGGAGCGGGACCAAGCGGAGGCCGAGGCAAGGGAGAAGGACACUCGGGUGUUAGCUCUGUCCCGGGCCCUGGAGGAGAACCAGGAGGCUCUAGAGGAGGCGGAGAAGACCAUGAAGGCCCUCCGAGCCGAGAUGGAGGACCUCAUCAGCUCCAAGGAUGACGUGGGAAAGAGUAUGCUGGCAGAGGAGCGAACCGUGUCCUGUAAGUUUGCAGAGGAGCGGGACCAAGCGGAGGCCGAGGCAAGGGAGAAGGACACUCGGGUGUUAGCUCUGUCCCGGGCCCUGGAGAGGCAUUUCCAGGAGGCUCUAGAGGCGGAGCAGGGACCGAAGGCCCUCGAGGCCGAGAUCCUUGGACCUCAUCAGCUCAAGGAUGGCGUGGAAAGAGUGCGUGAGCUGGAGGCGCAGCUGGAGGAGGAGAGGAAGCAGCGAGGUCAGUCAUCAGCCGGGAAGAAGAAGCUGGAGGGGGAGCUGAAAGACAUAGAGGACCAGCUGGAGGCCACCAGCAGGGGGCGUGACGAGGCGGUUAAGCAGCUCCGCAAAAUCCAGGGCCAGGUGAAGGAUCUCCAGAGGGAGCUGGAGGACUCUCGUGCAGCCCAGAAGGAGGUCCUCGCUUCUGCCAGAGAGUCUGAGCGCAGGACCAAGGCCAUGGAGGCCGACAUCAUCCAGCUGCACGAGAUGCUGGCGGCAGCCGAGAGAGCUCGUAAGCAGGCGGAGACAGAGAGAGACGAGCUACACGAGGAACUGGCCAGUAACUCCUCUGGGAAGUCACUGCUGUCUGAUGAGAAGCGUCGUCUGGAGACUAAGAUCGGCCAACUGGAGGAGGAGCUGGACGAGGAGCAGGCCAACGUGGAGAGCUUCAACGACCGGCUGAGGAAGAGCCAGCAGCUGGUGGAGCAGCUGGGUGCAGAGCUGGCAGCGGAGAGAUCCUCCGCUCAGAGCAGGGAGGGGUCCAGGCAGCAGCUGGAGAGACAGAACCGAGAGCUGAAGGCCAAGCUGCAGGAGACCGAGGGCCAGGGCCGCUCCAAACUCAAAUCCUCCAUCGCCGCCCUCGAGGCCAAGCUGAGAGACGCUGAGGAGCAGCUGGAGAUCGAGAGCAGAGAGCGUCAGGCCAACGGCAAGAAUCUGCGUCAGAGGGAGAAGAAACUGAAGGAUUUAACGAUCCAGAUGGAGGAUGAGAGGAAGCAGGCGCAGCAAUACAAAGACCAGGCGGAGAAGGGCUACGUGCGCGUGAAGCAGCUGAAGCACCAGCUGGAGGAGGCGGAGGAGGAGGCUCAGCGUGUGGCGGCGGCUCGUAGGAAACUGCAGAGGGAGCUGGACGAGGCCAGCGAGGCCAACGACGCCCUGAACAGAGAGGUGUCUUCACUCAGGAGCAAACUGAGGUAA